GUGAGUUGGCAGGGAUGCUCGUGAUUGGCCGCGUCUCGCGUCGCAUGCUUGAGGCAUCUGCCGUCAACAACAGGCAUAUUCAUGGUACGACAAGAUUCACUUUGUCGAUGAGCAAUCCUCAGAAGACGCCUGGUAUAAUGUCAUCGCAUUCAACAACUGUCAAACCUGUUCCUGUGAUAGAAAACGGAGUUAACUCUGACACCGUGCCCUAUUCUGACGGGGAACUAUUGCAAAAAGUUCUCGACAUCGUGAAAAAAGAAAAACUCUAUGGCAAGAUUGAAGAUGAUAAGAGCGUUGUAGAUUUCAAACAUCCAGAAGAAUUACGAAAACUUUUGGACCUGACGAUGUGUCGUGAAGGAUGUCAGUCUCGCGCGGAGGUGGAUGAAGUUCUGGAGCGCGUUGUGCGCCACAGCGUCCGCACGCAGCAUCCGCAUUUCUACAACCAACUUUACGGCGGAAUUGAUGAAGUUGGGCUGGCGGGAGCCUGGAUUCUAGAGGCGCUAAAUACCAAUCAGCACACAUACGAGGUGGGGCCUGCGCUCGUCAUCACAGAGUUCUGCGUCAUCGAACAAAUGGUGAAACUCUUCGGGUGGACGGACGGCGGCGACGGGAUAUUUUGUCCAGGCGGCAGCAUAGCGAACAUGUACAGCAUGGUACUGGCGCGGCACAAACUCAACCCAGCGUUCAAAAGAACCGGCAUGACUGCAAAUGAUUCUCCGUUGGUGAUCUUCACCUCCGACCAGAGCCACUACUCGAUCUCCAAAGGCGCGUUCUGGCUGGGCUUUGGCCUCGAUAACGUGGUCCCCGUAGCCAGCGACGACCAAGGCAUCAUGCACGGAGCCGCGUUGCGAGACGCCGUCAGGAAGGCGCGUGAGGAAGGCAAGAAGCCCUUCUACGUCAACGCUACGGCUGGCACCACCGUCUUCGGCGCCUACGACAACUUCAACGAAAUCGCCGACGUCUGCAAAGAAGAAGGACUCUGGAUGCAUGUUGAUGCGUGCUGGGGCGGAGCUGUUGUUUUAUCUACCAAACACAAGUCGCUCAUGGACGGCAGUGGCCGGGCAGACUCGAUAUCCUGGAACCCUCAUAAGAUGUUGUGUGCACCUCUUCAAUGCUCCAUGUUCUUAACGAAACAUAGAGGUUUACUGCACGAAGCGAACUGCGUAGGAGCGACGUACUUGUUCCAGCAAGACAAGUUCUACGACGUGUCUUACGACACGGGCGACAAGAGCAUUCAGUGUGGUCGUAAGGGCGACGCGCUGAAGCUGUGGCUUAUGUUCAAAAUACACGGAAUGGACGUAAUUGAACUUCGUAUCAACGCUGCCUUUGAGGCAUCAAAGUACCUGGAGAGUGAGGUGAAGCGGCGCGAGGGCUUCGAGCUGGUGAGGGAAGGAUUGCAGUGCACCAACGUUUGUUUCUGGUACAUCCCUCCUGCACUGCGCGGCCACACCCGCACUCCGCAGUGGUGGCAGAUGCUACACAAGGUGGCGCCGCUAAUCAAGGAGCGCUUGGUCCUGGAAGGCACGCUCCUGAUAGGCUACCAGCCCAUGACUGGCAAAAAUCUCGUCAAUUUCUUCCGUAUGAUCAACACGAGCUUCCCAGUGCCGACCCAGGCCCAUAUGAACUUUGUGCUGGACGAGAUAGAGCGCCGGGGACAAGAUAUCGAGGUUCAGAGCCUGGAAUCUUAAACGGU